AUGGCAGUUCAUAUUCGUCUCGCUACGCAGGAAGACAUCCCUGAAAUCGUGGAUGUCUCCAUGGCUGCAUUCGACCCUAGCACAGACGCCAUCAGCGCCCGUCUAUUUCCGGCUCAUCUUCAAUCAACCGACAGCGAAGCGUUCAAAAAUUGGAGCGUCACACGGAAAUCUGCUAGACUAGACCUAAAGAACUCCGUCGUCAUGGUCGCGGUUGACGACGCCUUAAAUGGCCGAAUCGUGGGUUACGCCAUGUGGUUCUCCCCAAUCCCCGAAGGAAGCGAAGAGGAGGAACCACCCCGGCCAAAGGUUGCAUUUGAAGGAGUAGACAGAGAUGCGCUAAUGGAACUCCGUCAAAUCAUGGAAGAUGAUGCUCACAACAGCUUCGGCGAAAAGGGCAGCAAGGAUGUCUGGAACCUUGACUCUCUUGGAGUUGACCCCCAACAGCAAAGAAGGGGUAUUGGGAAGAUGCUCUUGAACUGGGGCGUGCAACAGGCGAAUGAACAGGGAAAAGAUUGCUAUCUGGUCGCUACGCCCUCAGGUCUCCCGCUGUAUGAGGCUGCUGGUUUUAAGACCACGAGGACGGUGGACAUCUUUGGUGUUCCUCAUGUGUCAAUGACGAUGAAGCAUUCUACCAAGUAG